UUCUCUAAUCAUUCAUCCCUCCGUCACCAAACCCACACACCAUCCGCUUUCAUCUACGCUUAAGAUUUCUUCUUCUAUAUAACUUCACCAAAAAUCCGAAUAUCCCCCUUCCAAUUCCCCUCUUUACCCUUCUCCCAAACCCUAUUAAAUACCUAUUCACGCUUUCUCUCUGGACCUUUUCCGUCGCCCAUAAAUGGAGAAUUCAAAAAGUAAUAACAACAACAACGAAGCAGCAUCAGCAGCAGCUAAAAGCACAACCGUCAUCGCGGCGGCGGCUGAUGCCAACAACCAACAACGAGUAAACCCCGAUGGCGGCAAUAGGCCAGAUGGGGAUAGUAGUUUGCAAGUUGUGGAAAUCAAUGCAAAUGGGGAAUCGGGUGUUUCUGCUGGGAGAACUCCGUUCACCAACCUUAGUCAGGAGGAUGCUGAUCUUGCUCUCGCCCGCACUUUACAAGAGCAGGAAAGGGCUUAUAUGAUGCUUAGCAUGAACAGUGACGGGAUUGAUUUCGGGAGUUGGGAUGGUGGGAGCUAUGACCAUGAUGAGGAGGAUGAUGAAGAUUUUGAUGAUCCAAGCGAAGAAGAAGAUGAUAGUAAUGUAGAUGAGGAUGAAGAAGAUGCAUUCGAUGUGCAUGCUCAUGAUGAAGCUGGCGAGGAUGAGAACCAAGGGAUUGAGUUAGACCCAUCGGCUUUUUCUAGUGAUGAGGCCUAUGCCAGAGCAUUACAAGAUGCCGAAGAGAGGGACAUGGCAGCAAGAUUAUUGGCCCUUGCCGGGAUAAAUGAAAUGUAUGUUGGACAAGCUCAAGAUGGAGAGGAUCGUGGUAUUAAUUCCCAGGAUGCAUGGGAGGAUGUCGAUCCUGAUGAGCUUUCUUAUGAGGAACUUAUAGCACUGGGUGAAGUUGUUGGAACUGAGAGCAGGGGUCUUUCUGCUGAUACAAUUGCCUCUUUGCCUUCAGUGAACUAUAAGGCACAAACUGCAUCAGACGGGACCACUGAUUCGUGUGUUAUAUGUAGAUUGGAAUAUGAAGAUGGUGACCAAUUGACUGUGCUAUCCUGCAAACAUUCUUAUCAUUCUGAAUGUCUGAACAAUUGGUUACAAAUAAACAAGGUCUGUCCAAUGUGUAGCACUGAGGUCUCCACCUCCGGAAACAGCUAGCGUUAUUGUGCUACUGAAUUGAAGUUAGUAACUUAGUUCAAUACAGUCAUUGAUAGUAACACAGAGACUAAUAUCUGCUUGUUUGACCAAGUCUUUGAUCACUCUUGGCUGGCUUCUUUUGUUCUCUGUUUCUCAUAUAUCAUGAAUGUACCAAGUUCUAAUAAUUCCCUUUCUUCUUUUUCCCUUUUGCCUUUUAAUUUUUUCCCCCACACCCAUCUCAUCUGGCAGUUGAUGGUAUUUGAGUUUUACAUCACUACCUUCUUCAUUCUCUCUAUUGAAAAGUAUGCUUUUAAGUUUUA